AUGGAUCUAUGGAAGGCCCGACUGGAUUUCCAAUCGAACGCGACUGUCAGCAUUACUAUGGGACAGUGGGCAUUACUUUGGAGAGGAGAUAUUCCUGAAUAUCAUAACCAACCCCCCAAUGUGGAAAUACUCGCACUUGCCGGCCACCUUUCCCUUGCUUUGAACUACCACAGCGAUAUCGUUUCUGCGAUUGGAGGGAAUACUUUACCUAUUAUCCAAAAACUGGCCGCCUCGGAAAAAGAUGAAGGAGAUUUGGUCACGUUCUUGAAAUACAGGAUCACCUCAUACCUGAACAGGCGCGUCAAGGUUACGACAAAAGAGACGACCUACGUCGGCACAUUCAAGGGAGCAACCAACGUAUCAACAGCAAUGGGAACUCUAUUAGGGCACGAUAUUUACGAUAUUCGAGUUGACGACUGGCAGUUCCCUCUUUCCAUUGCAGAAGUGGCCAAUGGAACUACGGCAUUCGAGCUCUACAAAAUUAAGAUAGAGAAUCGAAUCUGA